GUUCAGAUUCCAAGAUGCGGGAGGUGUGCGCCGGCUGCGACACCCCCAUCUCCGACCGGUUCCUCCUGCGAGUCAACGAGCGCUCCUGGCACGAAGGCUGCGUGAAAUGCGCCGUCUGCCUGCAGCCGCUCUCCGGGACCUGCUACUGUCGCAACCGGCAGCUCUACUGCAAACACGACUACGAGAAGCUGUUCCAGACCAAGUGCAGCAGCUGCUUGAAGGUGAUCGCCCCUUCCGAGCUCAUCAUGCGGGUGCUGGAGAACGUCUACCACGUGCACUGCUUCUACUGCUGCGAGUGUGAGCGGCGCCUGCAGCGGGGAGACGAGUUUGUGCUCAAGGAGGGGCAGCUGCUGUGCCGCAGUGACUACGAGAAGGAGAAGGAGAUGCUGAGCGCUAUCAGCCCCGCACCCACUGAGUCCGUGAAAAGCGAGGAUGAAGACGGCAGCCACUCGCACGGCAAAGGCAGCGAGGACAGCAAAGACCACAAGCGCUCCAAGCGCCCGCGCACCAUCCUUACCACACAGCAGCGUCGGGCAUUCAAGGCCUCGUUCGAGGUUUCCUCAAAACCUUGCAGAAAGGUAAGAGAGACCCUGGCAGCCGAGACGGGCUUGACCGUGCGGGUGGUACAGGUCUGGUUCCAGAACCAAAGAGCCAAGAUGAAGAAGAUUGCUCGCAGGCAACAACAGCAGCAGCAGCAACAGCAGGAGCAAGACCAGCUGGGCAAUCCUCGCUUAGGGACCGGGAGAGGGACCGGUCGCAACAGCAGGCAGAGCAAUGAUGACAGCGAAGACGGCGCAAGCGUUCACGGCCUGGAUGGGCUCAUGGUCCCCUACCCCAGGAUCCCCCAGCAGCAGCUGCUGCCCCUCGACCAGAAUGGCUACAGCACAGACCUGUACAGACAAGGGCUGACGCCGCCCCAGCUGCCAGGAGACCAUCUGCACCCCUACGACUCAGAAGGAGUUUUUCACGAUAUGGACAGUGACAGCAUCAGCCACCUGGGAGACUGCCUGCUGUCAACGGCUGAAGCCAACCUCCUCCAAGCCCGCGUGGGCAACCCCAUUGACCGACUCUACUCCAUGCAGAGCUCCUACUUCACAUCCUGA